AUGGCCUCUGAAAGCGAUCAGACCUAUGAUUACAUUGUGUGCGGUGGUGGUACCUCCGGAUGUGUAGUCGCCGGUCGGUUAGCCGAGAAUUCGGAGAUCAAGGUUCUUCUACUCGAGGCUGGACAGCAUAAUAAGGACUUGGAGAAUGUGCAUAUGGCUGGAGGAUGGUCAAAUAACUUCGAUGCAGAGACUGAUUGGAACUUUGUUACCCCGCCUAUGGCAGGUGUUGACAAUCGUCAGGUCAAAUUGAGUCGAGGCCGAUUCCUCGGUGGUUGUAGUGGGUGCAAUGGCACGCUGUGUAUUCGUGGCUGCAAACAGGAUUACGAUGAUUGGGAAUUGGAAGGGUGGAGCGGCGAGGAGUUUUUCAACUAUAUGAAGAAGGCCGAGACCUUCCAUUCCAAGCCCUGGUUCAAAGCUGAUAACGAAAGCCAUGGCUAUUCAGGGCCGCUGCACACGGAGCCUCACGACCUAGCGCCAAUCUCAAACCUGCUGCUCGACUCUUUCGUUUCGGAGGGCUUGCCACUGAAUCACGACAUGUUCAGCACUGGCGAUGUGCCCCACGGUUGUGGCCAUGCGCCUCGUACAGUCUACAGUGGCGUUCGGACAACGGGUGCUGAUUUCGUGACCAACAAGAACAGCCGUGGAAAUAUUACCAUUCAGACAGACACAACAGUGGAUAAAGUGAUCUUUACACAGAAGGGGGACCAGCUUCGUGCUUCGGGUGUUGCUGCGAAGACGUCCGAUGGUGGUUCAAAGAUCUACCAUGCGCGAAAGGAGAUCGUCAUCUCGGGAGGAGCAUACUGCAGCCCAGCAAUUCUUCUUCGAUCAGGUAUCGGACCCAAGGAAGAGUUGGCUAAGCACAAUAUCCCAUGCACAGUCAGUGCGCCUGGAGUCGGUCAAAACCUCAUGGACCACCUGAUCGUCUUCAUGUUCUACGAAACCGAAAAAGCCGGCCUCACAACCGACUACCACGUCUACCACGACGGCAACUUCAACAAAACAUACGCAGAAUGGAAAGAGAAAAAGACCGGUUUCCUCUCAACCUUCCCAUUCGGUGCCUUCGCCUUCGCCAGACUAGACGACCGCCUAAAAGACGAGCCACUCUGGAAGAACGCACCUCGUCAAAUCGGCCGAGAUCCGAUGGGCCUAAGUCCCAAACAACCCAAUAUCGAAUUCUUCACGGCAGAGUGCUACGGCGGACCGAAGCAAUACAAUCAAUUCCCCAUCGACCAUAAGCACGCUUUCUCGAUGAUCGCGGAGCUAUUCGCACCCAAGUCGCGCGGCUCUGUUACUUUGAAAUCGGCAAAUCCGAUGGAGAAUCCUAUCGUGGAUUGCAAUUAUCUUGCGGACCCUCUGGAUGUCUUGGUUCUCAGUGAGGCUUGUCGAUUUGGCAAUGAGAUUGUUAUGAAUGGAGCUGGUACCAAGGACAUUGUGAAGGGAUCUUGGCCUUCGAAUUUGUCGCACCAUACUUACAAGACGAGGGAGGAAUGGAUUCCGUAUGUCAAGGAACAUGCUACUACUUGUUACCACGCAGCAGGGACAUGCGCAAUGGGCAAGAAUGAUGACCCCAUGGCUGUUCUGGACGAGAAACUCCGGGUUCGUGGUGUGGUUGGCUUGCGCGUGGCGGAUUGCAGUGUUAUGCCAGCUUUACAUGGAGGACACACUCAGAUGCCUGCGUACGGUAUCGGUGAGAAAUGUGCCGAUCUGAUCAAGGAGACGUGGUGA